GCCCAGCCUGUUUCCCUCCCUCCUGCUCCGUUCCCACUUGGCUUCUACCUUCCCUGACCGCGACCGGCGCACUCAGCCCGGCGGCGCGACAGCCACCAACCACUCCAGGGAGCGUGAGAGACCGCGAGCAAUCGGCCCACCCCAGCCAGCCAGGGCGGGACCCCCGAAGCUCCGAAGGGACCCCUAACUCUCAGCCACGUUCCGAUCUCCGCCCGCCCAGCGACGGCCACUGCCAGGACGUCCCCCCUCAAGGCUGGCCUCCCCGCGCGCGCGCGCUGCGGCGGGGACGUGGGGGCCGCACCUGAGCGCGGGUGCCUGGCGCGUCCGCAUGGGCCAUCGCUGAGAGGCCCUCGACGGAAAGUCCCAGCAGCAGAGUCGGUGUGCACCCGCCCAGGGGAGGGUCAGACCUGGGGGGGCCAGGGCCCCCCAAACUCGGAUCGCAUUCAGCCAAAGUGAGGCGGCGCCAUGGAGCUCCGAGCGCUGCUGUGCUGGGCUUCCCUCGCCACCGCUUUAGAAGAGACCCUGCUGAACACAAAACUGGAAACGGCCGAUCUGAAAUGGGUGACUUACCCUCAGGCGGAGGGCCAGUGGGAGGAGCUAAGCGGCCUGGAUGAGGAACAGCACAGCGUCCGCACCUACGAGGUGUGCGACAUGAAGCGUCCAGGGGGCCAGGCGCACUGGCUGCGCACUGGCUGGGUCCCGAGGCGAGGUGCUGUCCACGUGUAUGCCACGAUACGCUUCACCAUGAUGGAAUGCCUGUCCCUGCCGAGGGCCAGUCGCUCCUGCAAGGAGACAUUCACCGUCUUCUAUUAUGAGAGCGAAGCUGAUACGGCCACGGCCCACACGCCCGCCUGGAUGGAGAACCCCUACAUCAAGGUGGACACGGUGGCCGCAGAACAUCUGACUCGGAAGCGCCCUGGAGCUGAAGCAACAGGCAAAGUUAACAUCAAGACGCUGCGCCUGGGUCCGCUCAGCAAAGCCGGCUUCUACCUGGCUUUCCAGGACCAAGGAGCCUGCAUGGCUCUGCUCUCCUUGCAUCUCUUUUACAAGAAGUGCUCCUGGCUGAUCACGAACUUGACCUACUUCCCCGAGACGGUGCCUCGGGAGCUCGUGGUGCCCGUGGCAGGUAGCUGCGUGGCCAACGCGGUCCCUACGGCCAACCCCAGCCCCAGCCUCUACUGCCGGGAAGAUGGUCAGUGGGCCGAGCAGCAGGUCACCGGCUGCAGCUGCGCGCCAGGGUACGAGGCUGCGGAAGGCAACAAAGUAUGCAGAGCCUGUGGCCAGGGAACCUUCAAGCCCCAAAUAGGAGAAGAAUCCUGCCUGCCGUGCCCAGCCAACAGCCACUCGAAUACCAUUGGGUCUCCUGUCUGCCUGUGUCGGAUUGGGUAUUACCGGGCCCGCUCAGACCCCCGGAGUUCACCUUGCACUACCCCACCCUCAGCUCCAAGAAGCGUGGUUCACCAUCUGAAUGGUUCCUCCCUGCGCCUGGAAUGGAGUGCUCCCCUUGAGUCCGGAGGCCGAGAGGACCUCACGUAUGCUGUACGCUGCCGGGAGUGCCGUCCUGGGGGUUCCUGCUUGCCCUGUGGGGGCGACCUGACCUUCGACCCUGGUCCUCGCGACCUGGUUGAGCCCUGGGUGGCAAUCCGAGGGCUGCGUCCUGAUGUCACCUAUACCUUUGAAGUUGCUGCUUUGAAUGGUGUGUCUACCUUAGCCACUGGACCGCCUCCUUUUGAGCCUGUCAAUGUCACCACUGACCGUGAGGUACCUCCUGCAGUGUCUGACAUCCGAGUGACCCGGUCAUCACCCAGCACUUUGAUCCUGUCGUGGGCUAUCCCCAGAGCACCCAGUGGGGCCGUGCUGGACUACGAGGUCAAGUAUCAUGAGAAGGGCGCAGAGGGCCCCAGCAGUGUACGUUUCCUGAAGACAUCAGAAAACCGAGCUGAGCUCCGGGGGCUGAAGCGGGGAGCCAGCUAUCUGGUCCAGGUGCGCGCACGGUCGGAGGCUGGCUACGGUCCCUUUGGCCAGGAGCAUCACAGUCAGACUCAGCUGGAUGAGAGCGAGAGCUGGCGGGAGCAGCUGGCCCUGAUUGCAGGCACUGUGGUUGUGGGCGUGGUCCUGGUCCUGGUGGUCGUCAUCAUUGCAGUUCUCUGCCUCAGGAAGCAGAGCAAUGGGAGGGAAGUUGAGUACUCGGAUAAGCACGGGCAGUACCUCAUCGGGCACGGUACCAAGGUCUACAUUGAUCCUUUUACUUACGAAGACCCUAAUGAGGCAGUGAGGGAAUUUGCCAAAGAGAUUGACGUCUCCUAUGUCAAGAUUGAAGAGGUAAUUGGUGCAGAGGCGAGGAGGGUAAACCAUGGGCGCUCCAUCCCGAACAAGCCUCUCUCUCCUCUCCAGCUGAACGACGGGCAGUUCACGGUCAUCCAGCUGGUGGGCAUGCUGAGGGGCAUCGCUUCGGGCAUGCGGUACCUGGCUGAAAUGAGCUAUGUCCACCGAGACCUGGCUGCCCGGAACAUCCUGGUCAACAGUAACCUGGUCUGCAAGGUGUCCGACUUUGGCCUCUCUAGAUUCCUGGAGGAGAACUCCUCGGAUCCCACCUACACGAGCUCCCUGGGAGGAAAGAUUCCCAUCCGAUGGACUGCCCCCGAAGCCAUUGCCUUCAGGAAAUUCACCUCUGCCAGUGAUGCCUGGAGCUACGGGAUCGUCAUGUGGGAGGUCAUGUCUUUUGGGGAACGGCCAUACUGGGACAUGAGCAACCAGGACGUGAUCAAUGCCAUCGAACAGGACUAUCGGCUGCCUCCUCCUCCAGAGUGCCCCACCUCCCUCCACCAGCUCAUGCUGGACUGUUGGCAGAAGGACCGGAAUGCCCGGCCCCGCUUUCCCCAGGUGGUCAGCGCUCUGGACAAGAUGAUCCGGAAUCCCGCUAGCCUCAAAAUCGUGGCCAGGGAGAAUGGCGGGGCCUCACAUCCACUCUUGGACCAACGGCAGCCACACUGCUCUGCUUUUGGCUCUGUGGGCGAGUGGCUUCGAGCCAUCAAGAUGGGAAGAUACGAGGAAAGUUUUGCAGCGGCUGGAUUCGGCUCCUUUGAGGUGGUCAGUCAGAUUUCUGCCGAGGACCUUCUCCGAAUUGGAGUCACUCUGGCAGGACACCAGAAGAAAAUCUUGGCCAGUGUGCAGCAUAUGAAGUCCCAAGCUAAGCCAGGAACCCCUGGGGGGACAGGGGGACCAGCCCAGCAAUUCUGACCUCCAAGGACUCACCACAAGCUAAGCCAGGAGCCCUUGGUGGAUCAGGGGGACCAACCAGCCCAGCAAUUCUGACCUCCAAGGACUCACCACAAGCUAAGCCAGGAGCCCCUGGUGGAUCAGGGGGACCAACCAGCCCAGCAAUUCUGACCUCCAAGGACUCACCACCAUGGACGGGCAGAGUUUUCUUUCCCUGGGGGCAGAGUUGGGUGGGGACUCACAAGAUGAGCCCCUCCCCCUCAUCACAGCUUCCCAUUGGAUUGCACUUUGAACAGAGAGAGACGGAGACCCAGGAUUUGGGGGAACUGUGCCAUAUGGGAUCCUACAUUGUGCCCUCCAGGCGGGGAACCCCAAACUCAGAGUGAGUCUUUCCCCAAAGAAACAUCCCUUCGUCUCUAAUCUCCCAUCUUCCCAGGGGGUGCUCUUCCCCCAGAGCCUUCCACCUCAACGGGCAUGUCCCUGCAGACCAAAGAGAAAGGGUGACCAGCCUGCCAACUUGGGAGUGGAAAAUGCCGUCCCAGGACGCAGGAAGGGGCUGUCAGGACCCGGUGAUGUAAUCAUUGGAUUUUGAUGUCCUAACUUGCUGUCACCACCAAAGGCAAUCAUUUUUCCCUUGUAAAUGCCCCUCCCCUCAUCUGCCUUCAUAUUGAAGGUUCUGAAGUUUUACUAUUUUUUAUUUCGUUAAUUUUUUCUUCCUCCCACCCCCCCCCCUUCUUGUCCAGAUUUUGUGCGUUGAAGGGUACCUGGUUCCACUAUCUCCUGUUGGGAACAAGGACCCAUUGAUAUGUUCUAGAACAGUGCCUUGGAAAUGCCACAGCCUUAGACAGUUCCUCCUUCCCUCCCCCCAAGUGCCCCCAAGCUGUGUUGUGAGGAGGGAAGGGGGGUGAUGUUGUAAAAGGGACAGGAGGGUGGUGGUGGUCAACAGAGGCAGACAACGGUGCUUGGAAGGGGGUUCUUAAAUUAUAUUUAAAAAGAAACUUUUUUUUUUUUUUU